AUGAUCCAGAAGUCAGUCGGCGUUAGGUCAGGAGGACUCACUAAGAAUUUCAGUGCCACUUCUGCCACUAUGCCUGUUAACCGAAGCAGCUUCAGCUCCAUGUCCAUGUCCCGCAGCAGCGGUGGAGGUGUGGGACAGAUCAGCGGUGGUUUUGGCAGCAGGAGCCUUCACAAUCUAGGGGCGAGCAAGAGGAUUUCCAUGAGCAGAGGGUAUUGUUCUGCUAGACCAGGAUACAGUUAUGGGUCAGGUCAUAGUGGGCUGGCAUAUAGAGUUGGUGGAACCGGGUUUGGAUUUGGAGGAGGAUGUGGCCCUGGAGGUAUUCAAGAGGUUAUGGUCAACCAAAACCUCUUGGUACCUCUUAACUUGGAGAUUGACCCCAACAUGCAGAGAGUGCGGCAGGAGGAGAAGGACCAGAUCAAAUCCCUCAACAACAAGUUUGCCUCCUUCAUCGACAAGGUGCGGUUCCUGGAGCAACAAAAUAAAGUACUGGAGACCAAAUGGACCCUCUUGAAAGACCAAAAAAUUGUGAAAAAUAACCUUGAGCCUAUGUUUGAUGGGUACAUAAGCAACAUGAGGAGACAGCUCGAGGCUCUAGGAGGGGACCGGCUGCGGCUCAGCUCAGAGCUGAAGGCUAUGCAGGACGCAGUUGAAGACUUCAAGAUCAGGUACGAAGAGGAGAUCAACAAGCGCGCGACUGCGGAGAAUGACUUUGUGCUGCUGAAGAAGGAUGCAGAUGCUGCCUACGUGAACAAGGUGGACCUGGGGACCAAGGUGGAGGCACUGACAGAUGAGAUUAACUUCCUGCGAGCCCUCUACGAAGCAGAGCUGUCUCAGAUGCAGUCACAGAUCUCCGACACCUCCGUGGUCCUGUCCAUGGACAACAACCGAAACCUGGACCUCAACAGCAUCAUCGCAGAGUACGAGGAGCUGCAGCUCACGGCUGGCCGGCACGGGGACGACCUCCACAAUACCAAGAUGGAGAUCUCAGAGAUGCACCGCAUGAUCCAGCGGCUCCACUCGGAAAUUGACAGUGUAAAGAAAGAGUGCUCCAGUUUGCAGACGGCCAUUGCAGAUGCUGAGCAGCGCGGUGAGCUGGCGCUCAAGGAUGCCAGGGCCAAACUGGCCACGCUGGAAGACGCUCUACAGAAGGCAAAGGCAGACCUGGCCCGGCAGCUCCGCGAGUACCAGGAGCUCAUGAACGUCAAGCUGGCCCUGGACAUCGAGAUCGCGACCUACAGGAAGCUGUUGGAGGGCGAGGAAAGCAGGUUGGCUGGAGAAGGUGUUGGUGCAGUGAAUAUUUCCGUGGUCUCAUCUGGGAGCAGCUAUGGAGGUGGAAACACGCUGGGGCUGGGAUCAGGCUUCAGCAACAGGCUCAGCAUGGGUGGGAGCAGUGCUGGCUCCAGCAGCGGGAGCUGCCUGGCCGGAGGAUUCUGCUCUGGUGCGGGAAGCAGCUCGAGCAUGAGGUUUGUAUCGAAAAGCACCACCAAGAAGAGCUAUCGGAGCUAA